CAAUGGAUUUAGCGAUUCCUUGAUCUCGAGCCAUUCGCCAGUAUGAGCUCACUACUGCAGGGUCUCAAGUUCGUGAAGCGCUCGGAGAGCGACGAGAAGAAUCCGAAGCGUGAAAAGAAGGACAAAAGCAAGAAGAGGAAGAAAGAUAGCAAACACGCGAAGAAAAAGCACAAGAGCAAGCACAGAGACGCGAGCAGCAGCGAAGAAGAAGACGAUGUAGAACUCAAACCGACCGAUACCAAGCCCGCUUUACCGCGGGACGAGUGGAUGUCUAUGCCCUUCAUGAGGCCCGAAGCGGAACCUAUUGAGCCAGCCAAAACAGCCGACGAGCUUCAGGCUGAAGCCAAGCAGAAAAAGAUCCAGGAAGAGAUCGAUGCUGGCAUGAGGGAGCCUGUGACUGGGAUGGUCUAUGGACUGUAUGACCCUAAGAACCCCGACGCUCCACCCUCAGUAUCUAGUAAAAUAGUUCGAGGGGAAGAAGAGGAGAAAGAUGCAGACAUGAAGGCAGAAGACGAGGAAAUGCCGAUGUUUGGAGACGGAGGGGCGAGUUGGCGGGCCAAAAUGUUGAAACGAGCGGAGGAUAAGGCACGAGCUUCUGGUGUCGCAUUGGAAGAUGUUGUGGGCGAGAGAUUUGGCUCGGUUAAUGCACUGAAAGAGAGUUCGAGGGGGUCAGCUAGGGAGAAUGCUCAUCUACAGUAUAAAAGGCAUCGGAUUGAUGACGAUGAUAAGAAGGUAGGACGAGAGCGACGGACAUUGGAGAUCGGGCGUGAUGUGAAGGAUAAAACGUUGCUGUCGAAGUAUUCGACGAGAGUGCAGCGGUCCGUGACGCAAAACAUGGAAACAGAUAGCGAACGUGAUCAAAGGUCUACGCGUAGAGACAACCGAGACGAGGAGGAAGAACCGAUCAACUACGAUAAACUUCCUGACUUUGAAGACCGUGGCUUCAGGUCGAAUCGGGAACAUCGUCAUCGUGGUAGACAUGCUCGCGAGUACGGUGACAGAAGCUCUCGAAUACGCAGCCGUAGCUACAGCAGAGAGCGAUCAGAUCGUGCGAAACGUCCACGACGAUUGAAUAGACGUUCUCGCUCUCGAUCCCGACACCGUUCUCGGUCGCCAGUUCGAGAUGCCAAGCCCGGCCGUGGCCGGCCGGAAAGAAGCGCAUCAUCGAAGCCUGAACAACGUUCACCACCAGCUCCACCAGCAAUCAAAGAGAGCGCUCCAUCUCCUCGUGUCGAUGAAGGGAAAACCGCAGCAGACAAACUUGAGGCGGAAAAAAGAAAUGCCUUCCUAUACGGCAACAAGAAGCCUGUCAAUCUCACUACAGAAAACGUAUCGGAUUCCCCUGACACGAAAGUGCAGAGCUCUCCUACAAGAAGCACCACGUCUGCUCUGUCAGCGAAAAGCGGUGCUGAUAAAGUGGAUGAAAAGGCCGAGCUGAACAAGUUAGCAGCCAAAGCCUUGCGGGCUCAAAUGAUGGGCAAGACUGCUCUGUUCCGCAAGUUGACGGAGCAGCUCAACGAGCUGGAAGCCAAGCUGGAACGUGAGAAGACAGCUGCUGCCAUUCCUCAUUACGAGGCGAUCACUGGAGCCCUGCCGCCGCUAGAGAAAGAAGACAUGCGCUAUGGAUCCCGAAAGGGUAAGAAGAAACAGGCAGACCCCAUGGAUAUUAACGGGCCAGACCUGGCUGCUUCACUUGAAGAGUUGGUACGUGAAGAGCGCAUGUCAAGCACAAGAAUUGGCCAAGGCAACAUGGAUUCUGUCCAUGCACGGAAUAUUAUUCGACUCGGCUCGCGCUACAAGGGAACGGAAGUGAACGCCCAGAACCUUUCGAGUGGCUUUGACGAAGAGGAUCAAGUGGAUACGAAGAUGCUGCAAGAGCCUGGAUCGAACCUUACUCGCCGCGCGCAAGCUCAGCGCGACCACUCUGUUGCCGUCAAUGAAAGUAAGCGAUGGGACGAGAGGACACAGAAGUGCCAGCUGUGUAUGAAGAGCGUCGCCUUCAAGAAGCAUUUGAUGCUGUCCUUAGGUGAAUUUACGUAUCUAGCCGUGCCAAACCGACCUCGCUUGCAUCCUGGACACUGCGUGAUUGUACCAAUCGAACACACGUGCUCUACCGUCCAAGCUGAUGAGCAAGUGAGCGAGGAGAUCUCACGUUUCCAGAGUUCUCUUUUGGGUAUGUGCGAACAGCAAUACGGCAUGAGUAUGGUCUUUAUUGAGCAAACGAGCGCUCCUUAUCGAAAGCGACACACUGUGAUCGAGUGCAUUCCCGUGGACUCUGAGCUGGCAUUGGAUACCCCGUUGUACUUUAAGCAAGAGCUAAUGCAGGCUGAUGGAGAGUGGAGCACGCACAAGCCGAUCAUUGACACGAGCAAAGGAGGGAUUAAGAGUCACGUUCCACCCACGUUCCCGUACUUCCACAUCGAGUGGCGUACGCCACAAGGACGAGGAGGAUAUGUGCAUGUGAUCGAGGACGACAACAAGUUCCCGCGUGAUUUUGGCGUCAAUGUCGUGGCUGGUAUGCUUGAUGUGACCCCACCGAAGUACGGAAGACGUGAGGGUCAUCGCCGCUCGCUCGAGGAUGAAAAGCGCGACGUGCUGGCGUUCCUGAAGAGCUGGGAAACUUUCGACUGGACGCAGGUGCUUGAUGGCGGAGAAAUCAAGCAGCAAAGCUGAGACGAUGGUACAAGACAAAACCUCAGCACUUAUAAUCCAUGCAACCAAUUCGCCGCACAUAUUACUCAAGAAGUGGAGUCAAACGCUGGCAGUGGGGAUGGUCGACUAGAAAUUCAUAGGCGCUGCCGUGCGUGAGAUGUUCGCCAAGAUGGCAUUGUCGGGGUAACUCGUGGCAGGAAUGAAUUUGUACGCUGUUUGCAAAAAGAAUCGUAGAUGCUACAGGCCAUGCAUUUUCGAGAAGGGAUAAGUAUAAUCUCAGCUUACAGAAAACAAGUACUUUUCGUACCAGACUCGCCAUGUCAUUUAAAUCUGCAUACAACGAACAUAACCCAGCA